AGUUUUAAUUAAUUAAACCCUUUGAAAUGCAGAUAAUAAUUAAAGUUCUUACGGGCAAGGACUGCACGCUCGAGGUCUUGCCCACUCACACCAUUUUGGAGGUGAAGCAACAAAUUGAGACAGCACUAAAAAUAACUGCGGCAAAUCAGAAGCUACUCCUGAUGGGACGUCCCCUGAACAAUGAUCUGACAAUUUCUUCGUACGCAAACAUCAAGGAAGGCACCAAAAUCAAUCUGGUGGUGAUGAAGCCCAGCCUGCGCGACUGCAUCCUUCGCGGCUUUCGCAAAUUCUACAACGAGCACCAGUCGGAGCGCCUGACCAACGAAUUCAUGGCCGAUUUCGAAAGGAAACUAAAGGAGCACAGCCUGGACGACUUGGAGCGUUUUGCCGAAAGCACAAUAGGCAAAGUGGAAACAUAAACUUGACCCCCCAUUCCUCAAACCCCAUGUAUAUUUAUUUCAAAUGUGUCAGUAAAAACACUUGACUGAGAAGAA